CAAUUUCAUUCUCUGCUCAGAAGAAUGCCACACUAGACCAAGCAGAGAACCAAUGGCAACUCUAAGCCUCAAUCUUUAUUCUCCUUCAGUAAGGCAUCAAUAUCUCCUCCCCAAAUCUCAUUAUUCAAAAUCCAAUUUCAGAAUCUCAUGUUCCACCUCUUUCUUACAAAAUAAAAAGUUUAAGAGGGAGUAUACAAGUGUGAUGAUAGUGCCAACAGGUGUAGGAGCAGCCAUUGGUGGCUAUGCUGGAGAUGCUUUACCUGUUGCUCGAGCUCUUUCCUCUGUUGUUGACUGCCUUAUCUCUCAUCCUAAUGUUCUUAAUGCAGCAAUGCUGUACUGGCCGAUGCCGAAUGCACUCUAUGUUGAAGGCUAUGCACUGGAUCGAUUUGCCGAAGGCCUCUGGGGAUUGCAACCAGUUCAUCAAAAUAGGGUGGGAUUAGUUUUUGAUGCUGGGAUAGAGAAAGAGCUUCUUAUUCGUCAUCUACAAGUAGUUGAUGCAACAAGAGCUUCUCUUGGAUUGCCAAUAGUGGGAUACACUGUAACUGAUACACCUCUACUGGUGGAGAAAUGGGUUGACCCAACAAGUGGCCAAUCAACAGGGAGGAUACAACGCCCAGAUUCACUAUUGAGAGCUGUGGAGACCUUGCAAAAUAAGUCUAAGGUAAAUGCAGUAGCAGUGGUGGCUCGCUUUCCAGACGAUGAUACUGAAGACUUGGAUGAUUAUCGACAAGGAGUGGGGGUAGAUCUUUUAGCAGGUGUGGAGGCUGUUAUAAGUCAUCUAGUGGUGAAAAAUUUUCAGAUUCCCUGCGCCCAUGCUCCGGCAGUAUUGCCUCCUCAAUUAAGCAUGUCUCUAUGUCCAAAAUCAGCUGCUGAAGAGAUAGGAUUUACAUUCUUGCCAUGUGUACUUGCUGAGCUUAGCACUGCACCACAGUAUUUGGUCAAGGGAAACAAUUUUUCAGAGGACUGCAUUGUAGCAGGUGAUGUUGACAGUGUAAUUGUACCGAUCGACGCUUGUGGCGGAGAUGGUGUUCUUGCUUUUGCCAACGGCAAAAGACACAAGCCUCUUAUAAUUGCUGUUGAAGAGAAUCAAACUGUUCUAAAUGAUACGCCAGACUCACUCGGUAUCGAAGCUGUAAGUAAAAUCUUACUUCCAAUACCUUGUUUAUUUUCUCAUCUAGUUGUCAUAUUGGCAAGCCGCAAAAACAUGAAGUGCCAAUGCCCGUAGCCAAAUACAUUUUCAUUUGAUAAAACUGGUGACUUUGGAAAAAAAAGUGUCGAUGCUUGUGUCAUAUAAGUAGAAAGCUUUAGCACAGCAUGUAAACUUAUCAACGAUCAUUUACCUGUGCAGUGCAUAAUUUACAAUAACGUUGUUGAUUAACGAUACUAGGGGAGAUGCUAAUUAAAAGGGGAAUAUGAAUACUUAUCCCCCCUCAUGAAAAAAAGAGAUUAGUCAACGUAAAAGUCCAUUCCUUUCUUAUAGAAAUAGGAUCUGCAGGUGCAUGCAAGCUGGUCCUGACACUACCGUUAUAAAAAGAAAUAGGACUUGCAUGUUCUCCUUUAUACUAAAAAAGAGCAGCUCGGUGCACUAAGC